AUGCCGUGCCUCUAUACAUUUUCCAGUCCUCCAAGAACAAUACACAGCAGAUGCAGAAGUCCAAUUGAUCAACAUGGAACAACAAUUCCACCAAUGCAAUAUGUGAACAUCAUGUAUGAUAGACGGGUUGUACGUGGAAACACAUAUGCACAAGCUUUAAUGCCAAAACAAGAGAUUAAGAAGAUAGUUACACGAAGGAGAAAGAUCAAAUAUAUUCCUCCAACAACUCCUCUGCCAGUGGAGGGCAGACAACACAUUCGGGUACAAACAGAGUUAUACCUGGAGGAACUGAGUGACCGAAUAAUAGUGAGCGAUGUCUCUAAUCAGACAGAUAAUCUCCUGGACAGACCAGCCACUCCACUUUUUAUCCCAGCAAAAUCUGGGAAGGAUGUGGACACACAGAUAUUGGAAGGAGAGCUCUUUGAUUUUGACAUAGAAGUGAAGCCCAUAUUGGAGGUGAUGGUGGGUAAAAUUAUCGAGCAAUCUUUGCUUGAAGUCAGCCAGGAAGAGGAGCUGGCAACCUUCCGUGCUCAACAAAGGGCCUUUGAAGAGCUUCGAAAUGCUGAGCUAGCUGAAGCACAGAGACUGGAGGAGCAAGAAAGGAGACGCAGAGAGGAGAAGGAACGACGUUUGAAACAGCAAAGGGAAGUUAUUCAGAAGGAAAAAGAGACGGUGGAAAAAAUAGCAGCACAGACAUUUGCAAAGCACUAUCUUGCUGAUCUAAUAACGUCGGUUUACAGUCGUCUAUGGAAUGGUGGCUAUUUUUAUGACCCUGUGGAAAGAGAUGUUGAAACCAAAUUUAUGCCCUGGCUCAUGAAAGAGGUUGAUCAAGCCAUGUACAGGCCUAUUCUUGGAAGAAAAACUUUGGAUAUGUUAAUCCAUGAAGUGGUUCAAAGGAGAUUGCAAGCACCUCCUGUGGAAGCUCCAGUGGAAGCUCUGGUGGAAGCACCAGCUGAGAAAGAGUAA